CAGUCCAGACAGAAGAGCUAUGCCGAUUCAAAGCGCAAAGCGAUUGAGUAUGAAGUUGGAGACAGAGUAUAUCUCAGAGUAUCCCCGCUUCGAGGAGUUAAGCGUUUUGGAGUUAAAGGAAAGUUAGCACCCCGUUUCGUUGGACCGUAUAAGAUUUUGCAACGUAUGGGAGAAGUUGCUUAUAAGUUGGAAUUGCCAGAAGGACUGUCAGGAGUUCAUGAUGUAUUCCAUGUUUCUCAGUUGAAGAAAUGCCACCCAGAGAUAGCAGAGGUACCGUUAAGAGACACAGUGCCACUGGAAGCAAUUCAGUUGAAGGAUGACUUGACAUAUGAGGAAAAACCUGUUAAGAUUCUCGAUUAUGCCAGCAGAGUUACCCGCAGCAAAGUUAUCAAGUUUUGUAAAGUUCAGUGGAGCCACCACACUGAGGAUGAAGCCACCUGGGAAAGAGAGGAAGUUUUGCUCAAGGACCACCCUCAC